GCGCGUGCCGGGCGUCGUGGUUUCGGUUGGCUGGGAGAGAGAGAGCGAGGGGAAUACAGAGCGUGUGUGUGUAGGAGUGUAUUCUGCUCUGCUGGGAGAGAGAGAGAGGUAGAGAGAGGUAGAGAGAGAGGAGCGGCGCCUCUCUGUUGGAUUGUGAGCGUUUUUAAGGACUACACGCGGCUGCUGGAGGAGCUCUAAGUUGUUCCGCCGUCGUGUGGACGUGUUAAGGCAGAGAGAGACACAGAGAGAGGAACGACUAAAGCCAGCAGUGUCCUUCCAGCAAAACAAGAACUAAAUGAAACUGCCACUCAACACGCUGUCGUCUAUGCCAAGAGUCUCCUGCGCCCAUUGCCGUUUCACUGUGAUUGGUUGAGGCCUGUCAGGGAAGGAGUAGUCCUGCGGUUUUGGCAGGCCAAGAAAGACAUGUACAUAGGAGGCAGAGGAAGAAGCGACAGUGUGGAGCCCCGCCCUGCCUUCUCCUCCCACUCCUCUACCCCCACCAGCUCGAGAUGUCCUCUCGCCUGCACCCCUUGCCCUUCUCCUACUGUCCGGCUCUGAUAAUACUGCCCCGGGCACCAUGAACAUAUACAGAGACUCUGGCCCACUCUCUCAGCCCCUCCCCCCGGUCCACCCCCGCCUACCACUCCACAAUGGCCACGCCUCCCCGGCUGAGCCCUCGCUCUCCCGCGUUUCCGUGCCCAAGAUGGGGGUCCGGGCACGCAUUGCAGACUGGCCACCGAGAAGGGAACGGUCCCGGGAGUCAUUGCUGGAAAACGGUAACUCUGAGAGUGGCAGCAAUGGGGAGGCGGGGUUGAAUCGAGGGGGUGUGGCUCACAUGCGGCGCAGCAAGGACGCAGAGUUCCUGGAUGGGGGGCGGAGCUUAAGAGACAUCCCGGGUUCCCCUUCUCGGUUCAGAAUGCCAGGUUUUGCCCCGUUGCGGCAGCGCUCCAACAGCGAGAUCACCCUGAGCGAGCAGGAUGAGGCGGAGGUCGAAAGUCGCCUGCUGUUCCGUGAGUAUGGCAGCACCUCGUCCAUAGAUGUGCAAGCUGUGCCUGAGGAGAGCUUCUUCGACAUGCUAAGCCAGUUCCAGCAGGAGAGGAGGCUGGACCAACGCAGUGCCGCCCCUGCUAGGCUGGGUGAGCUGCUAAGAGGCCAGACCUCACCCGAGGUUUCCCGGGCCUCGCCCGAAAUUGCCUUUACCUCGUCUCGACCUGAAGACCGGCCUGAAAGCCGCGUCCGCAAGAAAAGUGGUGGCACAGAAUCAUCCCUGGGCACUUCAUCUCUUUUCCGGAAGCUCCGAGGAGCCAACCGGGGCGACACAGAGGCAUCGCGGAGCGACAUUGAGGACAUGGGACGACCUCUGGACACAUCUUCUCUCAAACCUUGGCUUUGUGUACGGAGCUUUGCACACUACGAUGCACAGAGCAUCUUGUUUGACCUACAUGAAGCAGCUGCCCAGCGCAGCUCUGCUGCCCAAAGGCGCAACACCGCCACAGGGGCGUCUGCUGCCUCCUCAGCCACUGCUGUUUCGCUAGCAGUGUCACGGGCUUUGGCUCUAGGGGGGGCCGAGCCUAGCUUCUCCAGCACGGACGAUCUGAGCUGCAGGGACCUUACAGAGGGGUCCAGCACUUCUGGCCCAGAUGUUUCUGACCCGGCCAGCUUGAGCUCUGGCCCCCAGCAACAACUCCUGCUCAGCUGCCCCAACUUCCUGAACGAGACUGGAAGUUACGGAGAGCGCAACGUGAGCUUCCUGAGCUCUUGGGCAGAGCGGGGGGAAUCAGGCGGGGCUGAGGCCAGGUUAAGGCCUCGCUGCUCCAAUGCCAGCAUAUCUGUACUGGAGGUGGAGCCAGAGGAGCAAGCUACACGGCUGGAGAGACUACAGCAGCACGGCAUAGAGCACGUGGACCUGGGUGCCAGAUACUACCGCAAACACUUCCAUGGGAAAGAGCACUGGAACUACUUUGGGUCAGAUGAGAAGUUGGGGUCAGUGGCACUGAGUAUCCGUCGAGAGAAACUGGACGACACCAAAGAUCUGAAGGACCAAUACCAGUACCGCAUCAUCUUCCGCACCAGUGAGUUGGUGACGUUGCGAGGUGCUGUGCUGGAGGACGCUGUCCCUUCCACAACUCGCCACGGGACGGUUCGGGGUUUACCCCUGAAGGAGGUGCUGGAGUACGUCCUGCCCGAGCUGAGUGUGUCCUGCCUGCGGCUCGCUCUCAGCACCCCUAAAGUCACUGAGCAGCUUCUCAAACUGGAUGAACAAGGGUUGAGUCAGAAGCAUAAAGUGGGGAUCCUGCUGUGUCGGGCGGAUCAGAGUACAGAAGAGGAGAUGUAUAAUAACGAGGAGGCCACACCUGCUUUUACUGAAUUCCUGAAGCUCCUGGGGGACACUGUGUGUCUGAGGGGCUUCAACAAAUACGCUGCACAACUGGACACCAAGACGGACUCUACUGGGACACACUCCCUCUACACCACCUAUCAGGGCUAUGAGAUCAUGUUUCACGUCUCUACGAUGCUUCCAUACAUGCCCAACAACCCCCAACAGCUCCUGAGGAAGAGGCAUAUAGGGAAUGAUAUCGUCACCAUCAUCUUCCAGGAGCCGGGUGCCCUCCCCUUCACCCCCCAGAACAUCCGCUCCCACUUCCAGCACGUCUUUGUUAUCGUCCGCGUGCACAACCCCUGCUCAGAGAACACCUGCUACAGCGUUGCUGUGACCCGUAUGAAGGACGUCCCCCCGUUUGGCCCUCCCCUCCCUCCCAGCGGUGCAACUUUCCGUGACCCAGCCGCUUUCCGCUCCUUCCUCCUGGCCAAGAUAAUUAACGCUGAAAACGCCGCUCACAAGUCAGAGAAGUUUCACGCCAUGGCCACCCGUACGCGGCAGGGCUACCUGCGGGACCUGGCCGAGAACUGUGUGUCCAGCACGCCGCUGGACACGGCCGGCAAGCUCAACAACCUCAUCUCUCUGGCCUCAAAGCGCCGUGAACGGGUGCGGGCACGGGAGGGGGCGGAGCUCGGGGCGUUGGGCGGUGUUUCCUGGCGUGUUGUGGCGCAGGAUUUCAGCGGAGGGGGCGCAGAGCUUCCCUGCGUUCUGGCCAUCUCUGCAGAGUUCGUGGUGCUGGCUGACUGCUCCACCAAAGAGGUCGUGUUUAACUGCUUCUGCGCAGACGUGAUUGGCUGGACAGCCGAACGGCUGGCGCUAAAAAUCUACUACGGGCGCGGAGACCAUGUGGCACUGCGGGUACCUGAGGGAGGAGCCCAGGACAUCAGAGAGGUGGUGCAGAAGUUAAAGGCUCUGACUAUUGGCUGUGAGACGGUGGACAUGACACUGAGGCGGAAUGGCCUGGGUCAGCUGGGUUUUCAUGUGCGCUUGGACGGCACGGUUUCGGAGGUGGAGGAGUACGGCUUUGCCUGGCAGGCCGGGCUCCGUCAGGGCAGCCGGCUGGUGGAGAUCUGCAAGGUUGCUGCGGUAACGCUGACCCAUGAGCAGAUGAUCGACCUGCUGCGCACUUCAGUCACUGUCAAAGUGGUCAUCAUCCCACCCUAUGAGGAGGGUGCAGCCCGCAGGGGCUGUACGGAGGAGUUUGAGAUGAAGACAGUGGAGCAGAAGGGCGAUGCGGAGCCAAUGGCGGCCGGUUACCGCUCCAGUCGCACUCCAGCCUGGCGCUGGGACAGCCCACCUACACACUCCGCCCCAUCCACACAGCGCUGGACCCCCGUGGGACCCCCACCGGCCCCCAGUCGCACGCAAAAGGCCAUGGUGCCCAUCCCAUAUAGAGAGCCACAGCAUAUCCCCACUAAAAGGCCUGUGAGUUAUCCUGAGAAUCACUACAGCGUGUCCCCCGUAGGGGGCGACAGGGGGCCGUACCGGAACCCUUCAGCUAGUUUCUCCAGCCCUGGUUCUGCCCUCAGUCCAGCACUUGGGGUUCCAGGCCUGAGUGGACCUUUCAUCCGCUAUAAACCCUCACCAGAUAGAUUUGGUUCGACUCCUCGUUCUCUCCAGCCUUAUGAAGCUCAUCUAACUCUGGAUGUCUCCAGCGGAGAUUCAUCAUCUGGUUUCACCAGUCAGGACAGCACCAUGGAGCGCGGCAAGACCGAGCCCAUGUGGCAUGUCCCAACCUCGACUCGGAGUGUGUCAGCGGGCGCAACUCAGAGGCGUCAGACUCGUCAGGAUAUUCAGGGGAAGGACUCUCCAAACCGGCACUCGAAGGGUGAGGCGCAGUACUCCAGUCACUCCAGCAGUAACACUCUGUCUAGUAACGCCUCCAGUAGCCACAGUGAUGAGCGCUGGUUUGACGGGGUUGGUGCCGGAGUCUCCGGAGUGCUGAGUGACCCCUGUGACCCUGACCCGGACCCCAUGGGUAAAGGGGGCUCUAGCGACAGUGGAAUCGAUGGCUCCACACUCUACACGCCCAGCCCCAACACUAAAGCGGGUAAACUGAGCCGCAGCCUCGCCGGGACGCCCCAUAAGAGCCUCCACAGCUCGGCCACCUACAGCGGCCUGCAGGAGCUCAACACCCCAGCCCGGUCUGCGGGGGAGGGGCGCCGGAGAGAGUCAUCACCUGUCAUCCCUGCAUCAGCCAAUCAGAGCAAGAGCUACCGCACACGCACCUUUCCCCCACCCGGGUCAGCCAGCGCAGACAACUUCAAACCCAGAGCGUGCUACACCCCGCAGGGCUACAAGUCCCCUGCUGUGACUGAUAAGCCCAGACCAUUCAGAGCCUCCACGGUCACGCCCACUUCCGGCUCCGCCCAGCUCUCCACGUCCGCCCCCAAAUCCUUUUAUGGUAAAAGCAAGCAGAGCGCGUGGAACCAGGAGGAAUCCGCCACAGCCACCAUCACCUCUACCUCCAGCAGCACGGACAGCAACAGCAGCAGCAAGCAGGUGGACAUGAACAGUAAGAACGUUUUUGGGCAGCCACGUCUCAGAGCCUCUCUGAGGGACCUGCGCUCUCCUCGCCGACCCGCGCACAAGAGCACCAUCGAGGACGACCUGAAAAAACUCAUCAUCAUGGACAAUCCAGCAGACGCACCACAGCAGGACUCUUCUCCUCGGAGGACCCUGCAGCGGACCUUCUCAGACGAGAGUUUGUGUAGCGGACGGAGAGAUGCCAGCUACGCCUGCACGCCACUGUUUGAUGGACAGACUCCGCCCGGUGACCUGCUCUUCACCUGCACGCUGCCCACCCGUCGCCAUGGCACCAACCAUGGAGCCCUCCUACCCAGUAAGAAAGUGCCGUUGUCUGCAUCGGAGCUCUCUCUGACGGAGGUGAGGGAUAAGGUGCCCCCACUACGGAGACUGGACCCUGGCCUAAUGCCCCUGCCAGACACCGCGGCCGGCCUGGAGUGGUCCAGCCUGGUCAACGCUGCCAAAGCCUAUGAGGAAGGGUGUUUUGGGCCCCAGCUGACCUCUGACCCUGAGCCUCAAGUCCAGACAGAGGCCCCGAGUUUAGUACAAAGAGCGGUGUCUCUCUUUUCGCUGUCUGAGCCUCAUGUUGGAGGAGCUGAGCUGAGACCUGUUAUAAGCCCAGUUCACUUCCACACUCCCCAAACACCUCGCACCACGCCCACCUUCAGCAGUGAUGAGCUUCCCGGUGACUUGUCUGGUCGGCUGUAUCAUCUGGAGGUGAUGUUGAAGCAGCUCAAUAAUGACCUGGAGAAGGAGAAGCAGGACAAGGUGGCUCUUUUGGCUGAGAUGGCUCACCUGAGGGAGAAUAAUCAGCGCCUGCAGGAGGAGUCCCUCUCCGCCAGCGAGCAGCUCCGCAAGUUCAGCCAGCUGCUCUCCUCCAACCCAGACAGAAAGUGACCUCUAUCCCUCUCUCACUAUGAGGAGAGAAAGCUCGGUGACUGGGGGCGGGGCUAAUGGAGGACGCCCGCGUUUUAAUCCUGUGCCUGUCCCUCUGCUACUGUGGUAUAUUUUUGUACCAGCUGCUCAGAAAAAAGAACCCACACUGACCUUCAUCUCGUCACUCUCCACGACCAAACAUGACUGAGCAAUGGAGAGUGUAAGGAAUAAAGGAGAAGGAAGGAAAGCAGCGAGAAGGACAAACUAGGGCUUGAGAUCUUUAACUGGAAAAGGUAAAACAAAAAAGUGGACAUUGGAUUUUUGUUAGUUUGUUUUUGUUUUGUUUUUUUUCCCAAAAUGACCCGUAUGAAAAAAAGCAAAUCCCUUGCUGACAGGAGCACCAUGAACACAUUCCCUACGGAGCUUUUUUCCCCGCUGUUGCGUUAGCCUAUUUUUGUAACGGACUCGUCUUAAAAACGCUCAGAGGACACCCAACUUGAGCCAGUCGAACUGAGAGACAUUUGCAUUCAGAGAGGCCUAUUACUGUACAUUCAGCUCUACAGCCAAAAAGAGUGAGAGAUUUGGACUGGGUCCUGUCUUGAGACUACAUUUCCCAGCAUGCAGCACUGUGGAGCGUGCCAAGGGGAAAAAAAUAAAACAUGGUACUGUAGUUUUGAAGUUAGGUACAAUUCUUUUGGACUGACUCAUAGAUUAAAUAUAUAUAUAUAUAUAUAUGCUGAUUUAAGUAAAAAAUAUGACAAUAAUCGGUGAAGGUACAUGGAAUACUCGAAGCUAAGGUUGUAAUUUAAUGUUUUUUUAACACAUUGAUUGCUCAGAGAGCACGUACUUAUGGUCAUAUCUCAGCUAAUACAUCGUAAUGUACUGCAGAUCCUACUUUGGCAGUGCUGUUGUCUACCUAAUUGCUAAAUCCUUAAAUAAUGUGCUGUAGUUAAUGAUUACGGACAGAUUCUUUGUUCUGUCAGUACUUUGGACUGUUGUUAAUACCAGUAUCUCCAUCUGCACCCAUGUACAUAUUUCAGUGACUAGAACUCACGAAUACAUGUGAUUUUAGCCUCCUGCAGACAGAGUAAAACAACACUAUUGCACAGAAAUAUCGUCAUCCAUCUCUACUCAAAGUGACGCCGCCACUACUGUCGAACAGUUUACUGUAAAAGACACGACCAAUUAUAGCAACUGCUCCUAUAACUGUGAUGCUGAUCUCAAGUUUUUCGACUAUUCGUGUGAAUGUGUGUUAGCGUGAGUGUGUGUACGCAUGUGCGCGGUCAUUUUCUGAUACUGAAGUGACCGGGCCGCAGAACAGGAAAUAGCAUUUUCCCUCUCAGUAUGUUUUGGCAUAGCACUGUGUAUAAACUCUGGCCCGACGUUUCAAUAAUGUUUCUAACAUGCCCUUGUUAAAAAAGCCAAAGCCACCAUAGGGGCUGCUGUGUUACUAUAUUAGCUCAAGUGAAGUUUGGUAGAUGAUGAGUCAACAUAAAUAUAGAGUUAAGCAGCAGAAGUUGCCCAGAAAUCACUGCGAUCUAAAGCGGUUUUCCUUUAAAACUAGAAAAAAUGGACACACAGCUGUUUUCAAGUCAGAGCAAUAAAAUACUUUAUAUUUUAAAACUAGACCAUUUGAUUUACUCAGUUUAAACUGGCCUUUAUGUAGCAGACUUUUGGGUCCCGCUUUAUAUUGUGUCUCUAAUAACUGUGUGGUUACAUGUGAAUAACAUAUGCAACAAC